CAUGUUCUAAACAAUUUGUAUCCACCAGCAUUGAAGACAAGCCUUUUGCAUUGCAAACCUGGGUGUUGCGAGGGAAGCUCCGAGUCCGGAGCUUCGGCCGACUUCGGCAAGCUUGCCCGCUUCCCCGAUAUCACAUGAAAUGGUCUUAUGGUUACUGUUGAUAGACCGAUGAAAUUGAAUUGUCGUAAGCAUCGCUGAAGAGCCCAUACUGGCUUCCUCAACGAUGUCCCUCAGCUCGAGCCGGCUCCACGGCGUCAGUAAUUCAGCAGAGCCGUUGGUGCCAGCUGUGCUAACAUGCCACUGGAGCGCAUGUCCUCGUGGUCUUGCCCACGGUCGCUUGCCGCCUCCUCAGCUUCACCGACAGCACAGUGCCUGCGUGGCGGCCAGCUCGGCUGGCGCUCCCGCAUCGGCGCGUCCCAUGCGGUGCGGGCUGGCACCGCCACCAGCACCCACACCGGCGUCUAGCGCUGCUUUGCACUGCUGCAUCACUUUCAUGCGCGCACCAGCACCCACAACCCCUUCUUGCAUACGCGCCAUGGCUAGCCGGCACCGCGCGCUUGUGGUGGCGAGAGCAGCCGCACAGGACCCCGGGAGCGGCGGUGAUGGUGCCAACGCGUUUUCUGGCGGCGGCGGCAGCGGCAGCGGCGGCGCCCAAGGCGGCACACCGCAGCCGCCGCAGCCCCGACUGCACUUCCGCCCAGUGCCCGGGCCGCCGCCGCCGCUGCACCACCCCGGCACGUUCGAGGAGGUGGAGUGGAGCCGCGGGAGCAUGGACGCAGCCGAGCUGGCCGGCAGUAGCAACACCAGCGGCAGCAGUAGCAGCAGUAGCAGCACUGGCGACGCCAACACGCUGCGCACGUCCUGGGACCCAGCCACCGGCCCCGCCUCGUGGGCCCCGCCCAGCGCGGCCCCCGGCAGUAGCAGCCGCCGCCCCGGCUGGUCCUCCGCCCCUACAACUGCUACAGCCUCCGCCACCACAACCUCCUGGGCCACGCGGGACUCCUGGGACGACGGCGCGAGUGACCCGGGGGGCGGCGGCCGCGUGGCACCUGACGGCGGCGGCGGCGGCGGCGUGGCGCCCCUGGCCGUGCUGGCGGGCGCAGUGGCACUGGAGCUCUUGGUGACGGGCGCGCUGGUGUGGACGCCGCUCGGCGCGGCGGCGCUGGCACUGCUGGCCGUGCCCGGGGCGCGCGCGGCGGCGGCGGCCUCGGCGGCGGCUCGCGAGGCGGAGGUGGCGCGGCGUGUGGAGGCGCGUGUUCGGGCGGAGAUGUCGGCGCGUGUGCCUGUGACGCCGCCCGAGAGCGCGGAGUGGAUGUGGCGGCUGAUGGGCGAGCUGUGGGCGCCCUUCGUGGAGCCCAUGAUGCUCAAGGAGAACCUCGGCAACUGGUCUGAGAAGGUCCGCCGCGCCGCCCCUCCCGGCUGGGAGCUGGAGCUGGUGGGGUGCAGCAUGGGCACACAGGCGCCGCGCAUGAGCAACUACCAGGUCCUGGCCGACCCCUCCAGCGGCCGUGUGCGCGCGCUGCACUGCGACAUGGCCUUCGCCAGCACCAGCCUGAGGGCGGUGGUGCGCGGCCGCGGCCCGGUGGGCAGCUUCACAGUCACCAUAUGCGGCAUCAACAUGACGGGCCGCAUGCAGCUGCUGCCGCUGCCGCAGCUGCGCGCCAUCCUGUUCUCCUUCCGCGAGGCGCCCGGCAUGGACGUGCAGCUCAGCAUACAGGGCCCGGUGAUCGGCCAGCGCGACAUGUCCACCGCCCCGCUGGCCUCCUUCAUCCGGCCCGCGCUGGCCGCCGCGCUGGCGGACUGCCUGGUGGAGCCGCGCCGGGCGGCGGCCAGCCUGGACCCAGAGCCGUGCGUGGGGCUGGCGCUGGACACCACCUUCAACAUCUACGUGGAGUCGGUGCAGGGGCUCCACAUCGCGCCCGACGGCUCCCUCAUCAGCAGCAGUAGCAGCAGCAGUAGCAGCAGCAGCGGGAGCAGCAGCAGCAGUGCGGGUAGGGACGAGGCAGGUGGCGGCACUGCAGCGGACGCCAAACGCAAGCUGCAGCAGCAGCAACAGCAGGCGGCAGCAGCAGGCACUGACGCCACUUUUGCCCAGGGCACAGGCGGCGCCGGCGGCUCCUUCUCCGCCUCCGGCUCCGCCUCCGGCUCCGCCUCCGGCUCCGCCUCCAGCUCUAACUCCGGUCCCAAGGGCAAGGCCAAGAGCGACACGGUAGCUGCAGCAGUGAUGGCGGCGGCGGCGGCAGCAGCAGCGGCCGGCGCGGACGGCGCGGCGGCCGCGGACGCCCAGUCGGUCGUCAACGCCGCAACGCAGGCCGCGGCGGCGGCGAGUGAGGCGGUGGCGGGCGGCGCGGGCGCCUUUGCCAGCCUGGUGGGCGGAGCGGCGGCGGCGGACGCGUCGCGACGGCGGCGGCGGCGGUUGCAGGUCAUUGCAGUCAACCUGGACAACAAGCUCACACGCGCCACCCGCCCCGUGCACUACACGCCGCCGGCGCCGCCGCCGCCGCCGCCGCCGCCUCCCGGCGCCGGCGCAGCCGCCAAAUCCAAACGCGCCCGCGGCAGUGGCGGCGGCGACGUCGACGGCGUCGCCAGCACCGCGCCACGCCAGCUGCCGCCGCCGCCGCCGCCGCCGCCGUCCAAUGUCAUUCCCGUCAUGCAGCUGCUGCGACUCAAUGUCGGCCACAAGGACGGCAUUUUCCGAGUGCUGGUGCGCGACGUCGGCAGAGUCGCAGGCGGCAACAGGGCCGCUGGCGGCGCAGCCGGCGCCGGCGCCAAGGCCGCCGCAGGCGGCGCGGCGGGCGGCGGCUCCGCCGCCGCCGGCGGCGCCGCCGCGGACGCUGCAGCGGCGGCGGCGGCGGCUGGGUCUGGUUCUUCUGCCGCGCUGGGCGGCAGCGCUUGGGGUCCGCUGCUGGGGCUGGUGAACCUGCACGUGGCGGCGGGCAAGGACGGCAGCACGCUCAUCUGGGCGGUGCGGGAGGGCGGGGAGCCCGUGGCGGUGCGGUGGAGGCCCUCCGACGGCCCCUGGCGGGUGACCCUCCCCCUGGAGGAUCCAACCUACGGCCCGCCGCCGCCCGCCCCGCCGCGGCCGCCGCCGCCAGCUGGCGACUUCCCAGGCGCCGCCGGGUCCGACGCCGCCGGCUUCGGCACCAGCAUCCGCGAUUUCACGGCAGCGCACGGCAGUAGCAGCAGCAGCAGCAGCGGACCGGUGGUGUACAGCAUUAGUAAUCCCCCGCCGCCGGCGGGCGCCAGCAUCACCCUACUGCUCAGCGCUGACCCCUGGGUCUACAAGGAGCCCAGCCCGCCAGGCAGCGUGGCGGCUGCAGCCGGCGGCAGCGGCAGUAGCAGCGGCAGCGGCAGUAGCAGUAGCAGCAGCGGCAGCCCCGGCGGCGCCGCCGGCGGGCGGCGCCAGCCGCCGGCGCCUCCGGCGCCUCAGCGGUCGCUGGUGGUUCAGGUGAUGGAGGCACGUGACCUGGCGGCGCGCGACUGGGCGGGCACGUGCGACCCGUACGUACGGAUCAGUUACGACGGCCGCUCGGGCUACCGCACCCGCACGCUGUACAACUGCAGCCACGCGCCGGUGUGGCAGCAGACCUUCGUGCUGCCCGACAACCCCUCGCUACUGACACGGCGCAUGCGGCUGUCGGUGUACGACAGCGGUGUGAGCCGUGACGACCACCUGGGCAGCGCCUGGGUGAACCUGGACACGGCGCCGCAGGGGGGAGACCUCAGGGACCGCUGGGUGCCGCUGGAGGGGGUGGAGCGCGGCUGGCUGCGGCUGCGGCUGGCGGCUGUGUCGGAGCCGCCCGACAGCGCGGGAGUGCGGCGGCUGGUGCAGGCGCUGGAGGGCUUGGCGGCCACAGCCACCUCCGGCCCCAGCCCCUCACCAGCCCCCGCCGCCGACACCUCCUCCUGGUCAUCACCAGGGCCGCAGUCGUCGCCGCCGCUGACGCCGCGCACCUCGCCUGCCUACGCCUACGCAGCAGCGCAGCUGCUGAGCGGCGGCGGAGCCUCCGCCGCCGCCGCUGCUGCUACAGCCGCUGCUGCGGGCGGCUCGGGGCUGCUGGUGGGUCGCGGCAGUAGCUGGCCGCUGCUGCAGGUGGUGGUGCUGGGGGCGCGCGCGCUGAGCCCGCGGCCGGCGGACCAGCUGUUGGGCAUGCGCGACUCGUACUGCAACAUCAUCUACGGCGGAGAGCGACAGGUGACCCCGGUGUUCAAACAGAGCCAGAACCCGCAGUGGCGCUCCUGUGCGCUGUUCGCGCUGCAGCCGGACGACUGGGACGACGACGGCAGCAGCAGCUCCGACGAGAGCGACGCAGAGGACGGACCCAUGAUGCACCUGGGCAUGGGGACGGCGGCGGCGGCGGCGGCGGCACGGCCGGCAGCGCAAGCCGCCGCCAAACCCUCCGCAACUGUGGCGGCGGCGGCGGCAGUGACGGCGGCUCCUGCUGCAGCUCCUGCAGGCGCGUUGCCGUCCUCCAGCGCCGGCGCCGCCGGCUCGGCGUCCUCCGGCUCCGCCGCCGCCGCCUCCAGCUUGUUCGGCGGUGCGGACGCCGGCGGCGCCACCUCCGCCCCCGACUCCUGGUGGCACACACAGACGCCGCCGCCGCCGCCGCCACAGCCGUCGGCGGCGCCGCCGGCAGCGGGAGCAGCGGCGUCGGGCUCCGCCGCACCCGCCUCGAGUGGUGGCGGCGGCGGCAGCGGCGCGGCAGGCGCCAGGACCGGCGGCGCCGUCACGGCGGCGGCUGCCAAGCCGGGCGCCGCCGCGCAACCUCCGCUGCCGCCGCUGACGCCGUACCCUGCCGUACCCGGUCAGGUCGGCAGCGGAGGCGUCGCGGCGGCGGUGGGGCCGGGCGCCACUGCCGCCAAGCUGCGGCGGGCGAGGUCGAGCCGCUCGCGCACACGUGCCGCACUGCGGCGGCCCCAGAUGCUGCGCCUGGAGGUGCGGGACGUAAGUGCGGUGCCGCCCGACGAAGAGCUUGGCUUUGCGGAGCUGGACCUGCGGCCGCUGCUGCCGCGGCGCGGGGACACGUGGCAGGGCUGGCUGCCGCUGCGGCGCGGCCUGGGCGCCGAGGUGCAGGUGCGCCUGUGCCGCGUGGAGCCGGAGCCGCUGGGUGAGGGCGAGCUCAUACGCCUGAGGCAGCAGCAGCAGGAGCAGCAGGCGGCGGCGGCAGCAGGCAGGUGGUGCGCAGGCGGCGGCGUGGUGGCCAUCGGGGCACCGGGUGCGGCGGCGGCGGCGCAGGAGGCCGCGGCGGCGGCUGCGGCGGCUGCGGCGGCGGUUGCGGCGGCUGGCGGCUCUGGCUCUGACGGCGGCAACCCGCGCUUCUACAUGGUUGAGAACUUCGCUGACCAGGUCCGCGCCGCCAACCGCAGCGCCACAGCGUACGGCGAGGAGAUGCGCGUGCGGCUGGGGCAGGACGUGAUCCCCAAGCUGCAGGACUGGUGGGGCGGCGCCGUCAGGAGGACCCUCAACACCAUCGAGCCGCAGGCUGCGGGCCUGGGCGACCAGCUCAACGGCUGGCUGCAGAACACAGGCAUCACCGGACUGUGGACCACCAGCGGACCCGGAGCGGCGGCGGCUGCGGCGGCAGCCGCGGCGGCGGCAGCAGCCAAAAAGACGGCGGCGCCGGGCCCGCAGGCACCAGGCGAGGUGCGGCAGGCUGCCUCAUCAGCCGCUGGCAGCGGGAAGACGGAUGCGGCAGCGGGGACGGAGCCGGCUGCGGCGGCUGGCGAGGCAGCGGGCGAGGUCGCGGCUGGGCCCGCGGGGGCCGCUGGUGAGGCUGCAGCGCAGCAGAAGCCAAAGCUCUUGCCGCUCAGUGGCGGUGGUGGGCUGUGGGGCUUCUGGGGCGGCAAUGCUGCCAAUGUGGCGGCCGCGCCUACGCCCUCUCCGGCCGCAGGCGGAGAAUCAGCGGCCUCGGACGGCAAUGCCAGGGCUGCAGAGGCAGAUGCCGCGGGCGCCAGCGGUUCACGGCCCGAGGGUGGCGGCGGCGGCGGCAAGGCCUCCCCUGCUGCUGCCGGCAGGGGUGUGGUGGGCGCGCUGCUGGUGUCGCGGGGCGGCGUCAAGGGCGUGGCCAGCGGCGUGAGCGGCGCGGUGGCGGGUCCGGCGGGCGACCGCGGCGGCGACAUGGGCCGAGCCAUGGUGCGGUGGUGGGACACGCUGUUUGGGCCGCCGCCGUUUGCACAGGAGAAGCAGCUGGACGAGAAGAAGGGGGCGGAGGAGGAGGCGGCAUCGGAGGCGGGCCAGGCGCAGCAGCAGCAGCAGCCUGAGCCGCACAUGGAGAAGGGGGAGCAAGAGGUGGAGGUGAAGGAGGGGCAAGGAGGGAUGGCUAGAAUGAAGGUCAAGAAGGGGCAGGCGGGCGGGCCGCCGGCUGCGGGGCAGCAGACCCCGGGCACGGCGGGGCCGGGGCAGCAGCUGGACAAGCCGCCGCAUGCGGGGGGCAAGUAAGCUGAAUGUGAUUUAUCAUAUGUCUAUU